AUGACAAUGGCACUGGCAGGACAUGCCGCAGAUGCCGGCGAAACGGAGACAAAGAACACGAUCAGCGGCAGAGGCAGCCACAACAACAACAGCAACGGGCGUCUAAUUCAAACCGCGGUCUCCGCCGAUGAGAACAAAGGGCAAAACGCCUUUCGAGGGGUAAGCAAUGCCAGCACUAACCGCCCAAAUGCUCAACUACCGAGCAGGCAUAUCGGCGGCACCGGUGGCGGGGUCGACACCAACGGCCCCACAACUGCUGCCAGCCCAGCUAGCGCUCAGACAAAUAUUGUGACGACGACGGGAGACGGGGUGGGGGCCCAUGGCGGAAGGGCGGGUUACGGGGGGGCGGCAGAGAGCGGUGCCCCAGAGGGCGGAGGGGCAACUGCGAGCGCUGCCACUGCCACUGCCGAGGAAGCGAGAAAGGCGGCUAAGAUCAGGGCACAAAUGAACGUGCUAAUGGUGGGGUUUUUCGAGGUAAUCCGUCAGGUCACGCAGCACUGCGCGGAGAGAGGGCGGCUGCUCGAUCGAAUCUGGCGGUCUCUCAACGAACUCUUUGAGUUUGUGCUGUGGGAAAUGUCGCGCACCGUCGCCAGGUGCGAGGAACGGCUAGAGGUCAUGAACGCGGUCGUCGAGCAAGAGCGAGCCGACAGAGAGAGCCGCGAAACGAUCCACAAGAACGAGCUCCAGCUAACGGAGGAGCUUAUCAACGGCAGAUGGUCCAAGAAGGUUCGGCAGCUCAAGGACCAAGAGGUUCGCUACGGCAGUAUCGUCGCCGAAAAUGAACGCACGGUGGCGACCCUCAAGCAAUGGCUACCGAACUUCGAGACAUACGGGGACUCGGUGUUGGCGAAGGUCCUACCCCCGCUCCCGCUCUCUCCUCCGACACAGCAACAGGCUGCGGUCGUCUCAGCUCCUCCUUUGUCCCCUCAGGAAGCGCUCGAGAGAGACCUCAACAGGAUACAUGCGGCCGGGCUUUGGUGCGUCCGCAGAGACGAUGACGAUGACGGUGGUGGCAGCAUUUCCGACUCCUCCAUGGUCGAGAGAAGCAGCAACAGCGACAGGAGCGCCGGUAGCGGGGACCUAUCGAACCGUGGCGGAAGAGGAACGUCGCCGAUGACCGUCCGGACGCCCGUGAAUGGCAGAAGCGGGACUGCCGAAAGCGGCGGCGGUGGUGACGGUGGGCCCCAAUCACCAAAACGAAUGUCAACAGCAAUAGCUACGGCGAAGAGAACGGCUGCAGGUUCCUCGUCACCGCGGUCGGCGUCGCCAACAGCGGCGGCGGCGGCGGCGGCGGCGGCGGCAGCAGCAGGAGGUUCCAGAACAGGAGUCGCGGGCAAACGCAGUUUGGCCGACAGAAAGAUGAUGGACGUCCUUGUGCAGCAAGGGCGCGAGGCGGCCUUGCGGGCGGAAGCUUUGAGGAACGAGACGAAGGAAGCGGAGGAAAGGGCCUCCAAGGUCAAGGCCGACGCAAAAGAACACGCCAGAGAUCUCCUUCAGCAGGCGUGCGGGAGGGCCGAAGGGGUCAUCCUGUCCCUCCUGGCGGACCCUGCACCAACGACUCCUUGGCCAUUCCCUGGGCUGCUGGAGCUGGUGGGAAUGAAGAGCCUCGUGGACCAGGUCGGCGUCAUCCGUUCCAGCCAGGGCGUGCUCGGGAUCGCCGGCUGCCACUCCUGCGUCAUCGCCGCCGCCAGCGCGCUAGUCGCGUACCGCCGGGAAGCCGCCGCCGGCGGCGCCACGUCUCCGUCGUACAGGGCGGUGGCGGCCGCGGCGACCGUGCCGGCGGCGUCGAGCCUGCUGCGCCCCCGACGGCUGGGGCAGUUCCUGUACGAGACGGAGCUGAGGCGGUCCGGCAGGGUGGGGAGAGCGAGAUCAGCGGUCCGGAGGCUUGUUGCCUCGCUCUUGUUCUGGUUGCCGCCUCCGCCGUCGCUGUCGGCGCGGGCGCGGCAGCUGGCGGCCUCGGCGGAGGAGGCCGGGGUGACGGCACCGGCGCAGCCGACGUCCCGGCCGCCGGGCUACGGGCACCUGCCGAGGUCCGUCGCUGGGCACGAGAAGACGGCCUUGAAGCAGUUCCAGAGCUUGCUCUGCGUGAGUAACGGCGAAGGUAGCAACGGGGACGGUAGCAGCCCCGGCGGCUUCGGUGGGCGAGGAGAGAUCGACCCCUCCGCCGCCUCGGCCCACAACAGCAACGCCGGCGACGCAACUGCAAGCCCAACCGAGAGUAGCAGCGGCGACGGCGGCGGCGUACAGGACGGGUUUUCCGAGAUCGAAGAGUGCCUGUGGCUCCGGGUGUUUGCCGCGGUGGAAAGCCACGCGACGCCGUGCCGAACGGAGCCUCGACAGGGCCCGACGCCGGCCCACCUCGUUCCUCUGGACAAGGCCAUCGCGUCGGUCGAGAAGAUUUUCGGCGGGGAGGGGGAGUCCGCGGCGACGAGCGCGGUGGCGGCGGCGAACAUGGUUAAGAAACAUGGUGCCAGCAGACGGAGUAGCGUGGUGGUGACAUGUCUGAUUACGGUGGCAAAGAGAACCCCAAAGAGGCUCAACAUGUAG